UUUAUCAUCUUACCAUCUUGCUGUUUGUCAAACAGAACAACGAAACCUGCUCCUCAUCUCGAUGGUGUACAUGUUGUCUUUGGACUGGUUAUUUCUGGUUUUGAAGUAAUAGAACAAAUAGAAAAUCUGAAAACUGAUACUGCAAGUAGGCCCUAUGCUGAUGUACGAGUUAUUGACUGCGGGGUGCUUGUUACGCAGUUGGCAAAAGAUGCUUUGGAGAAGAAGAAGAAAGUAUGUUCUGAUUCAGAAGCUUCCGACUCCUCCUCCAGUGCAUCCAGCUCUUCAGAAUCGUCAUCUGAAAGCGAAGCUGAAAAUGAAAGAAGCAGAAGAAGAAAGCGCAAAAGAAAAGCUAAAACCAAACAAUCAAGAAAACGCAGAAAAGAGGAGAGGAAGAAAGAAGAUUCAAGGUGCAAGCGAACCUCAAACCAAAGACGCAGCCUUUCUGACAAGAGUGAUGUAACAGAAAAAGCGGUCGAUGUGCUCACAAAGAGGGACAAACCUGUGGUACGUCCUGAAGAAAUCCCCCCGGUGCCCGAGAACAGGUUCUUGCUGAGAAGAGAUGUGCCCGUUGUCAGUGUAGAACCUGAACCGAAGCUUCUUGAUGCUACGCCAGUUCUGACUGACCAGAAACCAUCAGUCUCUAAAUCUGGACGAAAAAUUAAAGGAAGAGGCACAAUACGGUAUCACACCCCACCUCGAUCACGAUCGUGUUCUGAAUCCGAUGAUGACGAGAGCAGUGAGACCCCUCCUCACUGGAAAGAGGAAAUGCAGAGGUUACGAACAUACAGAGCGCCUAGUGGAGAAAAAUGGAGUAAAGGCGAUAAGUUGAGUGAUCCAUGUACAAGCAGAUGGGAUGAAAGAAGUGCAUCCCGGAGAUCAAGAUCUUGGUCACACAACGGUUAUUCUGAUCUAAGUACUGUGAGAUAUUCCAGCCAUCACAAAAAGCACAGAAAGGAGAAAAAGAAGGUGAAACAUAAAAAGAAAUCUAAAAAGCAAAAGCAUUUAAAGAAGCACAAGCAAACCAAAAGAAAGAAAACAUCAGCCUCAUCAGAUGUAGAAUCCUCUCAUUCCUUCCUCAGGAGGAUGAAAUCAUCUUGUGAUCGUGCAAGGAAAUCCCGUUCGUCUUCAUUGUCUUCUAGACAUUCAUCCAGAAGGGACUGGUCUAAAUCUGAUAAGGAAGACCGAAGAUCAUCAACUUUAUCAAGUAGGGGGACUCGAUCAUACUACAGGUCCAGAUCUAGAUCUAGGUCUAAAUCAAGAUCUUAUUCCCAAAGUAGUUCUAGAUCGAGAUCAGCCUCUAAAUCGUCACAUUCUCGAAGCAGGUCUAGGUCAAGUUCUAACCCUCGGCAUCAAAAGACAGUUCCCAAUUCUCCACGAAAUAUUUCAACACGAUUAAAUGAGAAUAAGUUGAACAAGGCUGCUGAGCCCGUAAAAGUUGUGGUACCACCAGUUGUCCCAGAAAACCUCCCUGUUAUACCCUUAAGCGAUAGUCCACCGCCUUCAAGGUGGAAACCUGGGCAGAAACCGUGGAAACCCUCUUACGAGCGAAUUCAGGAAAUGAAAGCUAAAACAACCCAUUUAAUACCCCCACAAACUAAUUACAAUUUAGUAGUCAUUAAAGAGGCUAACACUACUUCCUCCUACAGUAAGCGACAGCGGAGUUCGGAUAGCAAUCGAAGCGGUGGUUCCAAAUAUCGUAGUGACAGAAGCUCAGAGAGUUGGCAAAGAUCAAGAAGCAGGUCCUCUCGAAGUAGGUCAUACUCAAGAUCUUAUACAAGAUCUAGGAGUCCAUCUAGCUCCAGGUCAAAAUCAAAAUCGCGUUCUUCUGGCAGAUCACCAUCACGGGGUAAAUACCACAGUGACAGGUCAGGUUAUAGCGAGUCGACGUCUUAUUAUUCCCUCAGUGAUUAUGACAGACGCAGAAACAAAAGAAAAUCCACAUCAAGUGGUCAAAAAGUUCGGCCUCUUAAACCGAGGCAAGAAACGAGCUCUGAAAGUACUCUCCCUUACAAGUGUGCGAAAGACUAUGAUGAGUCUUCCCAAGGACUGAAAGAGAGCGACAGUUUGUCGUCUUCGGACUUCUCAACUGACAGUGAGCGUUCUGCCAAAAUGAAAGCAGUCCAGGAAAAGAAAGAAGGCCGUUUUCAAUUAGAAGGAGAUACUUGGAAACAGGAUAAAAAUAGCUUGAGUUCUGAGAGAGGGGAGGAGAAAGCCAAGUGUGAGCAAGAUUAUGACCAUGCUAAAAAGAAAGCAGCUAAGGAGAAAUCUUCUGAGCAACCUAGAGGUGGUGCAAAAACUAAACGAAAAUCCUAUUCAGGUAGUAAAUGGGACUCUGAAUCAAAUUCUGAAAGAGGAGAGGCACGGCAUAAUAGGGGGGAUUCCAGACCCUCCUCCAGUAAAGAAGAAGGAGAGGCCACAUCAGGGUCUGAUACAGAGCUUAGCGUUACCAAAAGGAUAAAAACCCAAUCAAAUUCUUCAGAAAGUUUUCAGGAUUCUGAUUGUUUGUGGAAGACAAGCAAACAGUUGUCAUCAUCUGAGUCGGAGAGUUCUUGUUCUAGCUCAACAAAUGUUAGAGAAAAGUCAAAAAAACACAAACACGGAUUGAAAAAAACUCUUAAAAAAUCACAUUCCAAAAAAGCAAAAGAAAAAUUGAAAGGGAAAAAGGAAAAGAAACACAAAGUUGAGAAGAGAAAAGAAAUGUUUCAUUGGCAGCCCCCCUUGGAGUUUGGUGAAGAAGAUGAUGAUGAGAUAAACGAAAAGCCAGUUACCAAGGACGAUAAAAAAGAAAAGCAGCUUGCCAGGGACAUAAAGGAUAAAAACCAAGUGCAUGAAAAGGAUGAAACAGUGAAAGAUAAAAUAGGAAAUGGUGAAAAGCCUUGUGAGGAUGAAAACCUUUUGGGUAGUAACGCUACACGUGACGUCUCACCAGAUCACAGUCACCUGAAUGACGGUAGCAUUGAAACAAACUUGUCAGCCAGUAUUUUAAACUUGGGAGUAAAUGGGACUGAUGGCAAGAAUGAGAUUAAACAAGAAAGUAACGACAACGGGUUGGAAGAUGUUAUUCAGACAGAUGACAACAUGGAGAUUUGUACUCCGGAUCGUAACUCGCCAGGGAAGGUUGAAGUGGACGUUUUGUCUCCUGUCGUUCUCGCUGCUAAACCUCAGGCUUUAAGUGCUAGUGUAAACAAAGAUGUACAGGUUGAGACCCCUGAACAAGAUGCUGUCAAACAAGGAAACAAUAUUAUAGACUUUAUUAAUAUUAAAGAAGAGAAAGAAACGGGAAGGCAAGAAAAUAACUCUGUCCCUGUGUCUAGUGCUAAAGACUCUAGUUUAAAAAGUGAAAUCACUGAAAAUACACAAAGCACUAUGACAGAUAAUAAAUGGAAGCCUUUGCAAGGUGUUGGUAACUUACAACCAGCCACAGUUAGUACUGCUGCAGAAGCGAAGAACGCAGCUUCGGCACCAGAGCCUAAACCAGCAGGGUUAAGAAUUGAAAUAAAAGCUAAAAAUAAAGUGAGGCCUGGAUCUCUGUUUGAUGAGGUUAGAAAAACAGCACGGCUAAAUCGAAGGCCAAGGAACCAAGAAAGUUCCAGUGAGGAAGAAUCUCCCAGUAGAGAUGACAAUAGCCCGUCCAGGAGCCUUAGUAGGUCCCGAAGUAAAUCUGAAUCUAAAUCCAGACACAGAACAAGGUCCCUAUCUUAUAGCCACUCAAGAAGUCGAUCCCGGAGUUCUACCUACUCGUACAGGUCACGAAGCUAUACAAGAAGCCGAAGCAGAGGAUGGUAUAGUAGAGAUCGGUCAAGAAGUCGAAGUAGUUCUUACCACAGUUACAAGAGUCGUAGUCGAACCUAUAGUAGAAGUAGAUCCAGAAGUAGUUCUUAUGGCCAUCACAGUCGAUCCAGUAGGUCGUACACGUAUGAUAGCUACUACAGCCGGAGUCGAAGUCGAAGUAAAAGGAGUGACAGCUAUCGGAGAUCUAGGAGUUACGAUAGGCGAUCCAGAUCUUAUGGCUCUGACAGUGAAAGUGAUCGCAGUUACUCUAACAAUCGAAGUCCCAGUGAAAGCAGCAGAUAUAGCUGA